AUGCGUGCUAUUCAAGUCAGCGAAUACGUCAAGGGCCCCCUCGACCUCAAAACAACCGAAGUCCCAACCCCAACCCCAAGCCCAGACAAAUACCUCAUCGAAAUCCACUCCGCGGGAACAAACUUCUUCGACAUCCUCCAAAUCCAAGGAAAAUACCAACACCAACCCCCCCUCCCCUGGAUCGGCGGUGCCGAAUUUGCCGGCACAAUCGCUGCCCUACCCACCUCGUCAGCUUCGUCCUCGCUCAAGUACAAGGUCGGCGACCGCGUCUUCGGCGCAACACAAGGCGCCUACGCCACACAUGUCCUAGCACCAGAACACACCCUCCUCCCCGUCCCCUCGGGAUGGAGUUUCGAAGAUGCGGCCGGUCUUUUCGUUACGGCGCCAACGUCGUACGGGGGUCUUGUUCAUCGGGCAGGUGUUAAGGAGGGUGAUUGGGUCCUCGUUCACGCUGCCGCUGGUGGAGUCGGAUUAUCCGCUGUACAAAUUGCGAAAGCGAAAGGUGCGACUGUCAUCGCGACAGCCGGUACAGCCCGAAAGCGAGAGAUUGCGAAAGAAUUCGGCGCGGAUUAUGUCGUUGAUUAUACAGACAAGGCCUGGCCGGAGAUCGUUAAGAAACUGUGUAAGGAGAAUCGGAGCGGUAAUGGUGCUGCAGGUGUUGAUAUCGUGUAUGAUCCUGUGGGCAUGAUUGAGCCGAGUCUUAAGUGUGUUGCGUGGAAUGCGAGACUUUUGGUUAUUGGGUUUGCUGCCGGGAGUAUUGAGAAGGUUGCGCUUAAUCGGGUGUUGUUGAAGAAUGUUAGUAUUGUUGGUUUGCAUUGGGGGCAGUAUGCUAAGUUUGAGACGGGGACUGUUGGGGAUGUUUGGAAGGGGAUUUUUGAUCUUGUUGCCCAGGGGAAGUUUCGCGGUACGGCGUUCAAGGAUGAGAGCUUUUUUGGAUUGGAGAGUGUGCCUAAGGCUUUGCAGGCGCUUGGUGGGAGGGAGACUUGGGGGAAGGUUGUGGUGAAUGUUACUGACGAGAAGGCGAAGAGUAAGCUGUGA